AUGUUUCGUGCGGCAGCUACGGGGCCUUAUGAUGAGGCUGUCGCCAAAGCGACAGACGAAAAUCUUACAUCCGAAGACUGGGCGGCCAUCAUCGAAGUUUGCGACAAGGUGACGAGCGACGACAAUGGCCCCAAGGAGGUUGUCCAGAGCCUCAUACGACGACUUGCCCACCGGAAUGCCAAUGUUCAGCUGUACACUUUGGAGGUCUUGGCCCAUGACGAGAGGGGAAGGAGGACGGAUAUGCGACAUGUACUGACCGAGAGGGGAAAAAAACCACAGGUCGCCCACGCCCUCUGCCAGAACUGCGGCAAGCCUGUCCACCGCGAAGUCUCCAGCCGCGCCUUCACCGACGCCCUCCUCCGCCUCGCCAACGACCGCAACACGCACUUCCAGGUCAAGGCCAAGAUCCUUGAGAAGAUGCAGGACUGGAGCGACAUGUUCAGCAAGGACCCGGACUUGGGAAUAAUGUACGACGCCUACUUCCGCCUCAAGCAGACGAACCCGACCCUGCAACCUCCCAGCGCGCCGACAAAGCAGGGGCUCACCCAGGCCGACCGGCAGAAGGAGGAGGAUGAGCUGCAGAUGGCCCUGCAGCUCAGCCUGCAGGAGGAGGAGAGGAACAAACCCCCGGCAGCAGCAGGAGCCGCCGCCUCCACCUCUGGCACUGCCGCGGCGGGGCCGAGUAGCGGACCCCAGAAGCAACACCCGCAGCGGCAGCAGCAGCAGCAGCAGCAGAAGCAACAGAUUGCGUCUCAGCAGAGCGCGUCCCCGGCCCCUGCCCCCUCUGCGGGGACCACGGCCGCAACGGUCAGCCGAGUUCGCGCCCUGUACGACUUCGUCCCCUCCGAACCCGGGGAGCUGGAGUUCAAGAGGGGCGACGUCAUCGCCGUCCUGGAGAGCGUGUACAAGGACUGGUGGAGGGGUUCGCUCAAGGGGAAGACGGGUAUCUUCCCCCUCAACUACGUCGAGAAGUUGACGGACCCGACGCCCGAAGAGCUCCAGCGCGAGGCGCAGAUGGAGGCCGAGGUGUUCGCCGAGAUCAAGAAUGUCGAGAAGCUGCUUACGCUGCUCAGCGCAUCGAACACGGCACCGCGAGAGGAGGAUAACGAGGAGAUUUCGAAAUUAUAUCACCAGACCUUGGCUAUUCGGCCGAAACUCAUCAAGCUUAUCGAAAAGUAUUCGCAGAGGAAGGACGACUUUACACAGCUCAACGAAAAGUUCAUCAAGGCCCGCCGAGACUACGAAGCCCUCCUCGAGUCAUCCAUGUCGCACCCUUCCAACAACGCCAGCUACGCCGGGCCCUACGGCAUCCGCCCGGCCGGAGCUCCCCCCCCGACUCAGGGCUACUCCCAAGGAUACCCGGUUGGUCCCGGGUACGCCGGUGUCCCGCCGGCCGCGCAGGACUCCUCCCAGCAGCGAUACUAUACCCCUGGGCCUCAGGGUCACCAGGGAGGCGACCGUCUGUACGCGGCGUCGCCGCCGCCCAACUUUGCUCCACAGGGUACCCCCGCCCCGGCACCAUUCUAUGUCGCCGGAGCCGAAGUCCCGUCGCACCACGCCCAGCAGCAGCAGCAGCAGCAGCAAUACCCCCCCAGAGAGGAGCAACAACAACCUCCCGCCUCGUCCCCCUCCCCCCCUCUGCAGCCGCAGCAGCCGCAGCAACCGCAGCAGAAGCAGCAGCAGUACGUCCCGUACUCUCAGCCGGCGCCCAGCUCCCCCCCGCUGCAGCAGCAACAAGCCUUCUCGGGCGGUGCGGGCCGCAUAGCUUCCACGGCACCCCCCCAAUACGCCGGCGCUCAGGAACUCGCCACGUCGGUGUACGACUCGCCCAUCGCGCCGCACCACGGCCUGCAGUCCCCCCCUACGUGGCAGGCAACGGCGCCCGUGUACUCCCAGCAGCUUCAGGACCAGCACAUCCAGCCGUAUGGUGGCGCCGCCGCCGCCGCCGCCGCCGCCCCCUCCGCCUCGGUCGACCAGGUCUCCUCCCCCCCACCCAUGCCGACCGGACAGCCUCCGCAGCCUCCGCAGGCUCUGCAGCCUCCGCAGCCUCCACAGCCUCUGCAGCCGCCGCAGGACGGAAUGGUGCCCUUGCCUCUCCGACCGGGCGGUCUCUCCCAGCAGCAGGAGCCUAGUGCGCCGUCGCCGAAUGAUUAUUAUAGGAGCGGUGUUUAUUGA